AUGACAACGUCUUCCAGCUUCACCAGCUUUUUGAAGUCGAAAUGGCGCUCGAGUCCCAAAGACGGCAAACAAUUGCGACAAAUCAAUUCAGUUAUUGACGUAGAGCGCGAUUGGGUCAGACACAGUGCUUUGAAACUUGCACUCGAGGGCGACUUUAAGGCACCUAUUGAUCAAUUGCUCAAGUCAGGAGGCAGUGAAGUGCUGGACAUUGGAUGCGGUGCCGGCUUUUGGACAACGGACAUGGCCACAAAAUACCCUAUAUCACAUUUCACCGGCAUCGACAUUGAAAAGAACAUAUUUCCGACUGGAAACGUAUCAAGGAACGUAGUGUUUCAACGAGUCGAUCUUUUGGAAUUGCCAUUACCGUACGAAAACGAUACAUUUGACUUCAUAUUUAUCCGUUGCAUGGCAGACGUAGUACCGGACGAAGACUGGGAUGCUGUUCUGAAAGAACUCGUUCGGAUUAUGAAAAAGGGCGCCUACAUCGAGUGUUUGGAGACAUACCCGGCUCUUGUCGAUGCUGGUCCUGCAAUGACAACCAUUAUGCAACACUAUAUAUACUUCACAGUGGCCAAUGCACCAGAUCAAGAUAGCAUGACAGCAUCAAUUCAAAACCCACUACCAAACCGAAUGGCUGCGAUCAGCCAGUUAAUGGGGAUGCAGAUAAAACAUAUCCACACACCUGUAGGUCGCUAUGGCGGAGCUGUAGGAAGUCUCUUGCUGGAACAUUGGGACCGAAUUAUCGAAACAAAUCGACAGAAAUGGGUGCAAAGCAAAUUGAUUAGCGAAAAGCAGCUGGCUGCAGCAAUCAAGGACUUGCACGAGGAAGUAGACACUCACCAGACAUACAUGUCAUGGUACUCCGUAGUAGCACAAAAGAAAGGAUACAAAGGACCCUUGAUACAAAUCGAAGAUUUCGAUAGUUUAAUGAAUAUCGAUGGAUAA